AUGUCAGAACCGACUAGACAUCGAGUGCUUAAAUGGUCACGUCGGACAAAUAGUAGUACAGUUAUUGCCGGUCAAACAGAUCAACCAGGAUCGACGAGUAACCAAUUCCAUAGGCCUCAAGGUAUUCAUAUUGAUCGAAUCCACGGGACAUUAUAUGUGGCCGAUUCAGAUAAUAAUCGCGUGCAAAAAUGGUUAAAAAAUUCACAAGACGGUGUUACUCGAGCAGGGUCAAGUUUGGGUGUGGCAGGCAAUGAUUCUGCAUCAUUCUCGGACCCAAUUAGUGUUACAGUUGAUGAAGUAACUAAUAUCUUAUAUGUAGCUGAUUUUAAUAAUAGACGAAUUCAACGUUGGCUACCAAAUGCAACCAAAGGCGAAACCAUUGCACAAGGAUCGGGUAUGCUCUUUACUUCAAAAAAAUUAAUUGAAGUAUUUUUAAAGGAAAAUUAA